UUUGUGAGGAAGACGGAGAAGACAAUCGAUAUGCCUCUCGAUAGUGACGUCUUCCGUUUACCUCCGGGCCAUAAUGCUCCUGAACAGGUUCAUAUAACACAAGGAGACCAUGUGGGAAAAGCAGUGAUUGUAUCAUGGGUGACUCCGGAUGCACCAGGCUCAAACACAGUGCUCUAUUGGAAAGAAAAUAGCAAGACGGUAUUGAAAGCUGAAGGCAGAGUUAAUACUUACAAGUACUACAACUAUGCUUCUGGUUACAUUCACCAUUGCACCAUUAGAAAUUUGGAGUUCAACACAAAGUAUUACUAUGCUAUUGGAAGGAAAGACACUAGGCGCACAUUCUGGUUUGUCACUCCUCCUGAAGUUGGCCCUGAUGUCCCAUACACAUUUGGUCUGAUUGGGGAUCUUGGCCAGACUUUUGAUUCAAACAGGACGCUUACUCAUUACGAGCUAAACCCUCGUAAAGGGCAAGCUGUAUUGUUUGUCGGAGAUCUUUCUUAUGCAGAUAACUACCCAAACCAUGAUAACAAUAGAUGGGAUUCAUGGGGACGGUUUGUUGAGAGAAGUACUGCUUAUCAGCCAUGGAUAUGGACUGCAGGCAAUCAUGAACUUGACUUUGCCCCAGAAAUUGGUGAAAACAAGCCAUUUAAGCCAUUUACUCAUCGUUAUCGUACACCUUAUCGGGCAUCAGAAAGUACUUCUCCUCUUUGGUACUCAAUAAAGAGAGCUUCAGCAUAUAUCAUAGUCUUAUCUUCAUAUUCAGCAUAUGGUAAAUACACUCCUCAAUACCAAUGGCUUGAAGCAGAGUUCCCAAAAGUCAACAGGACUGAGACUCCUUGGUUGAUUGUUUUGUUGCAUUCUCCAUGGUAUAACAGCUAUAACUAUCAUUUCAUGGAAGGAGAAACCAUGAGAGUAAUGUAUGAGCAAUGGUUUGUGGAGAAC